CACAGCGGCUCAUGCUGCGAGGCCCUGUUGUGCUGGGACAGAAGGUGACUUCUGGCGAGCUAAGCGGUGUUCACUGUAGUCUCACCGGGAACCGUCGGUGUUUGUGCGGAGAACCGGACAUGUCCUCCUGGGGAAGGGCCUUGGGGCUCGCUCGAACUGGCUCCCGGCUCCUAACGCGCGGUCCGCAGAGUAGGAUCACCGUUCGGAACGGCGGCGGAGCUCGGUACAGAGAGUUUCCUCACAUCACCAAGAGGCAGCUGUUCGAGGCGGAGUUCAUCAGCAGCGCCAUGUGGUUCUGGGUCCUGUGGCACUGCUGGCACGACUCGGACGCGGUGCUGGGUCACUUCCCCUGGCCGGACGCGUCCCAGUGGACGGACGAGGAGCUGGGAAUCCCACCCGAUGAUGAGGAGUGAGGUCGGCAGCUGCUGGACCUCACUCUGGACGUUAUUGUACAUAAGUUAAUAAACAGUGGAUGUUCA